UCUGAUCUAGAUUGUGAGAUGUGGUUUUGAUCUUAGGGAAAUUUUUGUUAAUUUUUUGUUCAUAAUGUAGAUUUAUUGGGUUUUUUCCCUGUUUAGCUGCAAUGUAACUAUCAAGGAUUUGAUUCUUGUAGGAAUUUGGAGAGUGGUCACUAGUCACUACUGAAGCAAAACCAAAUUUCUGGAAAAAAUGGAGUUUUCCAGGAUUUUUAUGAUUAGUUGUUCUGUAUUGCUCUUGUGCUCCUCAUUGGCAUAUGUUCAAGCUGCUAGUCCUCCGGCUCCUGUUGCAAUGAGCCCAACUACGACACCAGCACCGGCACCCGCACCGGCAUACGUAAACCUCACUUAUUUACUCUCUGUGGCAGGUCCAUUUCAGACUUUCCUUGACUACCUUGAAUCCACAAAAGUCAUGGACACCUUCCAAAACCAAGCCAACAACACUGAACAAGGCAUUACAAUUUUCGUACCAAAAGACAAUGCCUUCAAGGCUCUUAAGAAGCCUUCUUUAUCCAAUCUCAGUGAUGACCAGCUGAAAUCACUCAUCCUUUUCCAUGCCCUGCCCAAAUACUAUGCCCUUGCAGACUUCAAUGGCCUCAGUGCCAAAGGCCCUGUUAGUACUCUUGCUGGUGGCCUAUACACUAUGAAUUUCACUGAUGAUUCUGGCACCGUGCUCCUCAAUUCAGGAUGGACCAGGACAAAAAUCAGCAGCGCUGUACAUUCAACUGACCCUGUUGCAAUAUACCAAGUCGAUAAGGUCCUUCUUCCUGAGGCCAUCUUUGGUACUGACAUACCUCCAACUCCUGCUCCAGCCCCAGCUCCUGAUAUCAGCCCAGCUGCAGAUACUCCAUCAGCAGAAUCCAAAGAAACUGGUUCUUCACCAAAGUCUUCACCUUCAAAUUCAUCAUCUCAUAGGAUUUUGAACUUGAGCAUUUGGUGUCAGCUGGUUUUGGCAGUCUUAGGUGGUUCUGUCCUUUUGAGAUAGGACUUCAUUGAGUCUAUUUUAUGUGAACAAGGGGUGGCACAUCUGGGUUUCUCAAUUCACUUUGAUUUUUAAAACCAUUUUUUCAUUUAUAUGUUAUUGAGGUUUAAGUGUUAAGAAUGUGAGUUCAUGUGUUACAAUUACUAUUUCAAUUUAAAUGAUAUUUUGCUUGAAUCUCCGUUUCCAUAUCAUUGUUUUUCUUGUUCAGGGUAUCAUAGAAUUGUAAUUGGCAUGCUGUUAA